AUGCGAACAAAAGAAUUGUCGACGCAUACAUCGGAUGGCGAACGAACCUAUACGGCCCGACGUGAACAACUGAAGUCGGCUCAACGACUCGUUCAGAGUACUUCGACAAGUACUGAAUCGAGCGAUACUGAACGAAAAUCGAGGCGCCAGGUGGAGCUCGACUCCCUCGAAAGCUGCCAGCCAAUGAGCCAGAAAGAUUCCGGCGCAAAACAGAAUCUUGGCAAGACUCGGCAAGCUGAGGUCCCACUUCGGGUCGUGCUCCCGAGCAUAGAGAUCACCGUACAAUCUUUUUCGAACACUGAUGUGUAA